GUGGAAAACUGUUGUGCUGUGAGUCCUGCCCAGCUUCCUUUCACCCCGAGUGUCUCAACAUAGAAAUGCCUGAAGGGUGCUGGAAUUGCAAUGACUGUAAAGCUGGCAAGAAGCUACGUUACAAGCAGAUUGUUUGGGUCAAGCUUGGAAAUUACAGGUGGUGGCCAGCAGAGAUCUGCAAUCCCAGGUCUGUGCCUCUCAACAUACAGGGCCUCAAACAUGAUAUCGGGGACUUCCCAGUAUUUUUCUUUGGUUCACAUGACUACUAUUGGGUACACCAGGGCAGAGUUUUCCCUUAUGUUGAAGGAGAUAAAAGCUUUGCUGAGGGGCAAACUAGUAUUAACAAGACCUUCAAGAAAGCACUUGAAGAAGCAGCAAAGCGCUUCCAGGAACUGAAAGCACAAAGAGAAAGCAAAGAGGCACUGGAAAUUGAAAGGAAUUCAAGGAAACCUCCACCUUAUAAACACAUUAAAUCCAACAAGGUAAUAGGGAAGGUUCAGAUCCAGGUGGCUGACCUGUCCGAAAUCCCUCGCUGUAACUGCAAGCCGUCGGACGAGAACCCCUGCGGGCUGGACUCGGAGUGCCUGAACAGGAUGCUGCAGUACGAGUGCCACCCCCAGGUGUGCCCCGCCGGCGAGCGCUGCCAGAACCAGUGCUUCACCAAGAGGCUCUACCCCGACGCCGAGAUCAUAAAAACCGAGCGGCGCGGAUGGGGCCUGAGGGCAAAAAGGAGCAUUAAAAAGGGGGAGUUUGUGAAUGAAUAUGUCGGUGAGCUCAUUGAUGAAGAAGAGUGCAGACUGCGGAUCAAACGUGCACAUGAGAACAGUGUAACCAAUUUUUAUAUGUUAACUGUAACAAAGGACCGGAUAAUAGAUGCUGGCCCAAAGGGGAAUUAUUCUCGCUUUAUGAACCAUAGUUGUAAUCCAAACUGUGAAACGCAGAAAUGGACGGUGAACGGGGACAUCCGCGUGGGGCUGUUUGCUCUGUGUGACAUUCCUGCAGGAAUGGAGUUAACAUUUAAUUACAAUUUGGAUUGCCUGGGCAAUGGUAGGACUGAAUGUCAUUGCGGAGCAGAAAACUGCAGUGGUUUUCUAGGAGUGCGUCCAAAGACAGCGUUUGCAACAGCAAAUGAAGAGAAGGUGAAGAACGCCAAAUUAAAGCAGAAGAAACGGAAAAUAAAAACAGAACAGAAGCAGAUGCACGAAGACAACUGUUUCCAGUGUGGCGAUGGGGGAGAGCUAGUCAUGUGUGACAAAAAGGACUGUCCCAAAGCGUACCACCUCCUAUGCCUUAACCUGACCCAACCACCUUUCGGAAAGUGGGAAUGUCCGUGGCAUCAGUGCAACAUCUGUAGCAAUCCUGCGGUUUCGUUCUGUGAGUUUUGCCCUCAUUCGUUCUGCAAAGAUCACGAGAAGGGAGCCCUGGUGGCAUCGGCGCUGGACGGCCGGCUCUGCUGCUCCGCACACGACCCCAAAUCUCCUGUGGCACCCGAGUACUGGAGCAAGAUAAAAUGCAAAUUGGAAUCGCAGAAUCCUGCAGAGGAAGCAAAGGAGUGA